UACGUUUCCUCCCGUUUCUUUUUCGGUGUUCCCGGUGAGACGAACGACAAGGGAAGCGCAAGGAGUCGGGAGGAAGACGAAGACGAAUCCUUUGCACUUAUUUUAGUUAUUAGUGUCUCCUCUCUUGGUGCUCACAUCGCUUGGCUCGCUCUGGUUUACGCUUUCCCUCUACCGCGGAUCGAGAAAUCCAGCAAUUGUUGUCAUUUGCUGCGAACUCCCUGCCCUCCUUGUGUCUUACUAUCUCUGCCUUUCAUGAGGGGAGGAAAUUUGGUGCUGGCGUUAGAGGUGUAUGGCUUUUGAGGACUCGGGAGGUGGGUUUUUCAGCGCAAAUGGGCACAAAUGUGAAUCUGUCGGGUAAAGAAGAUGGGAACCAUGGAGGCUCUUCGUCGCAGCAGGGAGGAGGUGGGGGAGCUGGGGGUGACACGGCCUCCAGUGGAGUAAGGACUAGCAACGGCGCUGCAGCGACGGCGACGGCGGCGGCGGCGUCAUCGCAAGCGCUGAAACACGACCCAGGGCUGACGGUGUAUUGGACAGCGGAGGAGCAGGGGACAUUGGAAGACAUGUUGAGCAAAUAUGCUUCUGACCCACCAGUAGUACGUUACGCAAAAGUUGCUAAGCUCCUUCCAGAGAAAACCGUUCGAGAUGUCGCUUUGCGAAGUAGAUGGAUGACUAAAAAAGAAAGUGGGAAAAGAAGAAAAGAUGAUAGCCUAUCACGGAAAACCAAAGAUAAAAAGGAGAGGGCUACUGAUUCAACAGCCAAACCUUCACCUAACCUAGUGGCUCGGCCUAAUAUCCCUCCUUAUGCUAUGCCGAUGAUGUCCAUGGAGAAUGAUGAUGAAAUUUCAUGCAAAGCAAUUGGAGGCCCAACAGGACAGCUCCUUGAUCAGACUGCACAGAUCUUCAGCCAAAUCUCUGGGAACUUCAAUCAUUUUCAGAUAAAUGAUAACCUUACUUUGUUCUGCCAAGCGCGUGAUAAUAUCCUGAAAAUCAUGAAUGAAUUGGAUGAUGUGCCUGGCAUAAUGAGCCAAAUGCCUCCACUUCCUGUUAGAUUGAACGAGGAGCUUGCCAACACUAUUCUCCCUAUGCCCCCACCAGCGUAACAUACUGUGUUUCUUUCACCAUUUCUGCUAGUUUUUUUGUAUAGUUUUUUCAGACUUCUGAUGAGGAAGUGAUCACCAUUUCUGGCACCUUGUUUUUUUUUUUCUUUUUUCAGAAAAAAAUAAUAAAAAAGGAAAAUUUCAGGUGCCCACCAACCCUUUCCUUUCACUCUUGUACCAAUUUUCUGCAAAUUCCUGUCCUGUUCAUAUUAUUUUCUAGAUAUGCUCUGUAGGUGUUAAUUAGGGUCAAACUUGUUUAUGUUUAGUCACACAUUUGAAAGGAAAUGAAGUAUUGAUUUGUUUAUAAUAAAUAUUUGGGUUUGGAUGGGGUUGAUUGGUGCCAGUUGUAUGUACGGGCGGAGUUUUAAGAA